AUGAAGGCCACAACACUAGCCAAAGUUACAGUCCUGUACACAUAUUGGCUGGACAGAGACGACGAGGAGAGCUACCAGUUACAUCUGUGGAAGAAGAUGAUGCAAAUGAAAAUGCAUUUUCUGCUGAUUGCUUUGGUUGUGGGCUUUGCUGAUUCUGCAAAACCAGGAAGUUGUGUGGGUCGCUGUGGGGAGGCCUUCUCUAGAGGACAGCAGUGUACAUGCGACCUGCAGUGUGCUUCUCAUAGUGAGUGCUGCCAGGACUUCCAGGCUGUAUGCGCUACAGCUCAGUCUUGCAGAGGACGCUGUGGAGAGCCGUUUGUUCGUGGACUGUUGUGCAACUGUGACCCUCAAUGUGUCCAGUUCAACACCUGCUGUCCUGACUAUCUCCUCCAAUGCGAUGCCAGUGUAUCACAGCAGAAAGGGUAUGUUCAUCCAAGAGUCACAUCUAUAGUGAGCCACAGACCACACAAUGGCAGAAGGAGGUCAAAUAGUGAAAGUGAGGAGAGGUUAUUGUUGUCUGCAUUGAGACACACUUGUAAACCAGGAGCCAAGUGCGUUGUAGUUUCACCAUCAAGACCCGUGUCCACUGGUGUACAAACAACACUGGUACAAGCCCAUGUGCCCGUACAACCCAUCUACCCUCCUCCCCCUCCCAGAUCUGCAGGAAACGUGGACUUUCACUUGGUCCUCUCUGGAGUUUCUGGGGCGAGACAAAAUCCAGCUUUGAUUGUGCCACCUGUUAUAAGGCCCAGACCAAACCCUCUCCAUGAUCUUGCUGCAGUUCUGGGUUUGCCUCUGCUUCCUGAGAGAGGAUUGGUGGAUGACUUGUGCAGUGAUACUCCAAUCAGUGGACUAACGGCUCUGAGCAAUGGGACUAUUGUGAUCUUCAAAGGUGAGUGGUUCUGGACUGUGGACCCAGAGAGCCAUUACAUCAGUCCCCCAAACAGCAUCUCCAAAAUUCUGGGCAUCCCAUCUCACAUUGACACAGUCUUCACUCGAAGCAACUGUCAGGCAAAUGUCUACGUCUUUAAGGGGAACCUUUAUUGGCGUUUUGACAGAAACCUCGUACUUGAGCCUGGAUUUCCCAAACCUCUUUCCCAUGAGUUUCCAGGACUGACUCCAGGACUCACUGCAGCUCUGUCAGCUCCAGCCACAGUGAGCAGAGCCGAGACAGUCUACUUCUUCAGGAGAGGUGAAAUCAUUCAACGUUUCACUUUCCCAUCAACUAACAUUCCUUCCUGUAGUAUUACUCCAAGAGGGUUUAUAAAGCCACAGGUGGCUCGUCAGACUGAGGUGCUGUUGAGUCAGGAGAUCCAGAUUAAAGUGUCAAUGAAGGGAUUCCCUGUCCCCAUCACCUCUGCGCUGACCACCCCCAUCCCUAUGAAGGCCAACACAUACGAGCACUACGUCUUCUCUGGACCUCUGUUCUUCAGUGUGUCAGUGGCUGAGGACCUGCCUGCUCUGGUUGGACCGAAUCAUCCUCGUCCCGUGGUCCUGAGUGCUCCUGCCGCUGUGGAGACCAGCAUCACUAAUGUCGUCACGGUGAUCAGCGACCCGCCUCCUCCUCCAGAGAACUCCCUGAAAGUUUGGCUUCAGUGUCCCGCGUAAAACAGCUAUCUACCAAUAUUACUAAUGCAAGGAUAUGAGCAUAAAGUCCAUACUAUAUUACCUCUAUGGUGUGAUCACAUGUAAGCGUUGAUCUAUAUGCUAAAAAGCCUGUGCAGAUGGAUUAUUACACCAAAAAUAAAUACAUGAAGAACAAA